AUGGAUAAAUAUAUUGCAGAAUUGAUCGGUACGUUCUGGCUGGUCUUCGGUGGUUGCGGCAGCGCGAUAUUAGCAGCGGCUUUUCCGGAACUGGGAAUUGGUUUCGCUGGCGUCGCCUUGGCAUUUGGUUUAACCGUACUCACCGGGGCUUAUGCCCUCGGUCAUAUCUCGGGAGCACACUUUAAUCCUGCGAUCAGUGUGGGCUUAUGGGCAGGUGGACGUUUUGAAGCUAAACAGCUGCUUCCCUAUAUCGUCUCACAGGUGAUUGGUGCAAUUCUGGCCGCCUGGUUACUGUAUGUGAUUGUACAAGGUCAGCUAGGAUUUACCGGUACCGGUGCUUUUGCCAGCAAUGGUUUUGCUGAACUCUCGCCCGCCCAUUAUUCUAUGGGGUCGGCAUUAAUCAUCGAGAUUAUACUGACUGCAAUCUUUCUGAUUGUAAUUAUGGGAGUUACUGAUCGUCGUGCACCUGUUGGCUUUGCGCCAAUUGCCAUCGGUCUUGCCCUGACCCUGAUUCACCUUAUCAGUAUUCCCGUGACCAAUACUUCGGUCAAUCCUGCGCGUAGUACAGGUGUAGCACUUUUUGCACAGACUGCAGCAUUGAGUCAAUUGUGGUUAUUCUGGGUUGCCCCGAUAGUUGGCGGCAUUAUUGGCGCAUUGAUUUACAAGACCCUGCUGGAAAAGAAAAACUAG